AUCUCUUCUCUCGUCCUUUGUCAAUCCUCCUCCUCUCUGUAAUUUUUUUUUUUUAUUUUGAAAUGGUUCUUCCGUUUCUGUCUUCCACUCUCCUUCUUCGUCUCUCUUCUCCGAUCAUGUCCCCUGAUCCCAUCACCUCCUCCUUCUUCUUCUCUCUUUCUCAUUAAAUUAUUACCUUUUUUACCGGAGCAAUUCAGAUCGAUCGCCCCAUAUUUUUAACCAAUUUUACACAGAAGAAGAUUUUGUAAUAAUAAAACCCCUUAAAAAGAUAUGUCUAUGGAGAGUUCAUUAGGUUUCAUGGCGGUAUUCGCCAUCUCGGGAAGCGUUGUCUUCUUAGCGAGUCAAUUUCACAAGCGUCUUCUCUCCGAUUACAUGGAUAAGUUCGAUUUCGAAAUCCGAUCGAAGAAAAAUGUGGUGAUGAAGAAGAAGGUGAGAUUCGCGGCGGAUGUGGUUGAGCCUUCGGGGAAUAACAAAGAGUAUCGCCGUAGACACUCUUCCAAAUCCAAAUCGUCCAAUUCCAAGUUGGCGGCAACUAUUUGAUUUUCUAAAGGUUUUUGUUUUUUUUUUGGUACAAUUAUGUAAAUUAUUCAUUUUGGGGUUUUGUGAUUUAGAAAAGAAAAAAAAACUCGUAAUUUAAUUUCCGAUUUUUAUUUUUAUUUUUUCUCAUAUAUGAAUCUGAAUCUGAAUCUGAAUCUGGGGGAAAAAAGGAACCUUCAUCAAGUCUUCUUCCCCAGGGGUCAAUUCUUUUUCUUAUUUUUAAAUUUUCUUGAGGGGUUUCUUACUUGUAAAUAAAUUGUUUUGUGUAAAUACAAAUUGUGAUUGCUAAUUUACAUAUAUUGUUCUUAAA